CUCUAGCUGAAAAAAUGGCUGAAAUUGGAGUGUGUGUGUGAAUAAAACUGUGUGUGAAAAAUUUGCGUUUGAAACCAAUUUGAAAAUACAGGCGUUGCAGCCACAAAAUUGCUGCCCCUCGUCCACUGCCCACUGCAGCUGCCUAGUCCGUGUGUGCACACGGCGCAGGAGACCGAGCGAUCGCUAGACGGAGCGCCGAAAAAUUUGCGAUUGAUGCCACUCUCGGCACUCAGCGGCCUGCAAUUAUAGACAAGCAAAGCGCAAGCUAAGCGAACACACGGAUUACAUUCUGGCUGGGCGAGAUCGAGAAUGUAGUUGGCAAACCAAAGCAGAGCAGAGAAGCUUCGGGGCACGGAUAACUAGAUGAAAAUUCAGAAAAGACCAGCACUCCCUAUAUGUAAUAUAUAUGUAAUACACACGCGCCUGCCCCGCCGACAGUGUACACACAUCUAUAUAUCGGCUUGAUACACACAUACGCAGUUGCAUCAGCAUGCCCGACCGUGAUUCUGGAUCCGAUUCCGACGCUGGCCCAUCCAUGAAUCAGCAGCAAAAGCAGCAGGCCGCGCGGCCCAAGCGGAACCGGCGCAUCAUCAUGCGGAUCGAAUUUAACGAUUCGGAUGACACUGCCUCGGAUCCCGAACUCGAUCAGCGGCCCUCCUGCUCAACGGCUGCGGCGGCGCGGCAACUUCGCAGCACUCGGCGUCAGGAGGAGGAGAUGGAAUCGAAUUCCGACUCGGAUGCAGUGCCUCGAAAGUUCACGCGCAAGCAGCGCAGUCGCUACGGGCCGCAGAGCGACUGCUCCUCCAGUGGCAGUGAGAUCAAUCAACGUCCCAUGCGCAGCACCAAGAGAAAAAAGGUAGUGUCCACCGAGGAGGAGGACGAGUCGGAGGAGGGUAGUACUGCGGGACGUAGAGUACAGCGCACUACGGGUGAGCCGGAUCCCGGCUUCACUUCCGACAGCAGCAGUAACGAUUUGCUCGAGAAGUGUCCCAUCUGUCUGCUUACCUUCCGGCAACAGGAGAUCGGCACCCCGGCAACCUGCGAGCAUGUUUUCUGUGCAGCCUGCAUCGAUGCCUGGUCGCGAAAUGUUCAAACCUGUCCAAUCGACCGAAUCGCGUUUGACCGGAUUGUGGUGAGGGAUUCCUACGCCAAUCGCAAGGUGGUGAGAGAGGUGAGAGUCGACUUGAGCAAGUCGAAGACCGAGUUGGCGUUGGACGAAGAGGUUGAGGGGGGCGCGGCACUGGAAGAGGACGUGACCAAUUGUGAGAUCUGCGACAGUCCGGAGCGCGAGGAUGUGAUGCUUCUGUGCGACAGCUGCAACCAAGGAUAUCACAUGGACUGCCUGGAUCCCCCGCUCCAUGAGAUUCCGGCUGGUUCCUGGUACUGCGAUAACUGCAUCGAUUCCGAGGAUGAGGACCCCGAUGAGCAACUGGAAUUGGCCGACGACUUGAGCCAGCUGUAUGAGGAUAUUAGAGGCAUGGGCCUGCCUGAGACGCGCCUCCGGGUGCGAGAAGUUCAGCAACCGCCGAGGAUUCUACGCACUCGACAGAACGAGCGCAUCCGAGCGGCAAUCCUGCGACGCACUCGAUCCGACACUGCCUCGGCAGAAGGUUCUACUCAGACUCGCACGAGAACCCGCACCACCACUACAACCACUACUACUACAACAACAACUCGACGGACCACCACCAGCACGACCAGAAGAACAGCGCCACGACGCCGCCGGAGGAGACCUCGACACCGCACUUAUGUGGUGGAGUAUGAUCUAAACAACUUUGACGAGAAGUUUGCCUUAAAGACCAGCAGGAAGGUGAUCCGUCGUCGUCGACGCCGCCGACGUCGUGUUGCUGCCACCGCCUCCAGUGAGGGAGCAGGACGCCGACUUACCGCCAGCAAACGACUGGCAGAGCAGAUGGGUGUCAAGUCAGAAGGAGUGCACCGGUCGCAUCUGAGCGGAGGAACCGCCGCCAGCUUCACACUGUUUGGCAAUGCAAACGACCUUGAAUACUUUUCGGACAGCGAGCCAGACUGCGACGGCGCGCCAUCCUCCGUCGGACUUGGCUCCACUGCAGUUCAAACCUCGGUUCGCAUCGCUAGUGUCGGAGCACCACGUAAUCGGAAGGCAUUGCUUCAUGGCAAAGCUCGCACGGCGGCCACUUCAUCCGCGUCGGCUUCAGGCGCAGCUGGAGACAUUUUGUCCUCCAUUUUAGAACUGCAGGAUCGGUGGCACGACGCCUCUCGGAACUUGAGCGACGUGCAUAUUCGAGCCGAUGGCAGUCUAAAUCUCCCUAGAGUGGCGCCUGCAGCAGCACCGGCGGCUUCCUCAAAGCCCGCAGAGCACGUUACCCAGGCCCCGCUGUACCAGCGCGGAGGAGCACGACCCAAUUUCAGUAGAGGCGGUGGAGCGGGCGGUGGUGAUAACUACAACAAUCGCUACAGCGGAAAUAACAGCUUCAGGGGUGGUGGCGGAGAAUCAAGCGCUGGUGGAGGAGUAGUCCAAUCAACCGGCGGCGGCAGCGGAGACGGCCAACAGGCUGGCGGUUUCAGCAAUCAAAACUUUAGCAGCCCCAGCGCCAACAAUACCAACACAAACGUAACUAGCUUCACACCCUUCCACCUGCGCUUUAAUACGCCCAAUCGCCAGCAGCAGCAGCGCCACAACAUGCCACCUGCCAACCAGCCAACCAUUUCACCUUUUCGCGGAAGUACGCCAACAGUCGCGCCGGCACCGGUGGCGCCAUCGAACACCUUUCCGGGACAACCUCCGCUUUUCGGUCCGCCUCCUUCCGUCAACCACCAUCCGCCACCGGCUAUGGGACUGCCGCCAGUUCUAUCGGUACCACCUCCUCCCACGCCGCCCGCUAGCCUCUCGUGGAACAAUCCGAUAUUCAAGCUAAACACAAUGCGAGCAGAUGAUGAUACCGACAACUGUCCCAACUUUUCGAUUUACUCGCAAGCGUCUCAGGCGGUGGCCAACGCGUCGGCCAUGUCUACGGGAGUGCCCUACGGACCAGCUGCUGAGGAGCCCGAUAAGGGGACACAGGACGAUGAUGAUAUGAAUGAGGAUUUAGUACAAUUAGACGACGAUGAUGAAGAUGAGAACAAUGACAUACCAUUGCCACUGGGACCCGAGCCCGAACCAGUGCCCGACAAGGUUAAUGAAGAUCUGUAUGAACCGGAGAAUCCAACAGUGGAACCGGAAGAAGCAGACGUAAACGACGAAUCGAAUAGCGACGGUGUGCCCAUGGAUGAGGCCGAAUCAUCCGAUCAUAACGAUGAUAACAGCAACAGCAGCUCCCGCAUGGUGGAAGCCCCUCAACCAGAGCACGUCGAUGAGGAAGAGGAGGAGACAAAGACGCGAAGCACUCCCAGUCCGGCGGUUAAGGAGGACCGAGUGGCAGAGCGAGACCGGGCCAAGGGUGUACUGGAGCUGUACGACGAUAGCGACUGGGAAGAGUUGGACAUUGACAAGCCCAAGGAGUUCGAAAAGGCGCUGGAUACGGGGACGGAUGCAGAGGUCGCAGCUUCACCCAAACCAGCAGCUUCCAAAAAGUCAGCACCGAAGAAAGAUGGUAAGACGGAUAAAGAUGGGAAUGCGAGCGGUAGUGACCAUGAGCAGGAUCGCUCCUACACACCCUGUUUGGACGAAAAGAUAUUGGGCGAUGGCGAGGAGGACGCAACAGGGGCUGCUAAGAAGAACGAUGCCAAUAGCAGUCGAAAGUCUCGUUCCUCUAACGCGUCUGACGAUGAGGAGGAACCGGAUCGAGCGCCAGCCAUUAGCACGGAUAUUGUGUCCGAAGACGACCUAACAAAUGAAAACCAAUCUAAACGGCGCAGUCAUAGCCCUCGGAGUCGCAGCCGGAGUGGUAGCCAAGAAGAAGCCGUCACCAGGGACAACUCCAAGUCAAAGGCACGUUCAAACCGCAAUAAGGAAGAGUCCUUCAAGAAAGUGGGUAAGCGGCAAAAAGAUCGCAAUUACCGAGGCGAUAAGCCGCUGACGGAACGUAACUCCCGUUCGGGUUCGCGAAGUCGCUCGAGACAGAGUCGCUCCAAGAGCCGGAAGCGCAGCAAGAGCAGCAGUCAUAGUAAGAGCAGGAGCAGGAGUAGGAGUAGGAGUAACAGCAAGAGCAGGAGCGGGAGCAGAAACAGGACCAGGAGUCGUUCGCCCAGCCGCCAUCGAAACCGGCGUCGUCGUGGCAGUCGCUCUAAAUCCUAUUCACGUUCUCGGUCUCGAUCCCGAGAUCGGUCCUACUCGCCUGGUCGCUACAGGAUGGCCUUCCGUGGACGGGACUACCAGCGUGGCUUCAUGCGAGGUCGUGGAGGUUUGCGCUUUAAUUACCGCAACCAACAGUUUCACAACCGGCCGUUCCAGCAUUAUGGAAACCAAAACCAUCACCACAAUCAGCAGCACUUCCACCAUCAGAACCAGCACCAUGGUCAGCAUUACUUCAACCACCACCAUCAUGGUCAGCAGUUCUUUCAGCGUCCCAAGCGGAGGGAAAUGCCUCGCUACGAUGUCCGCAAUGUGGUGGGAGCAUCGAGGCAUCACCAGGCGCACGGAAAGGAUCGUUAUGGUCGCGAUGCCAUGCGCUCGGGUAGAAGCCGUUCGCCAAGGCGUAGCUCACGCAGUUUCUCACGCAGUGUAUCUCGUGGAUCGAGGGGUGGUUCCUUGCGCUCCCGAUCUGGUUCCCCCAAGCGGUUCAGGAGCUUCAGCAUGUCGCCCACACCACCGCCGGGUACAACACCCUCUCCGCACAAGCAAGGUGGUAAUCGUAGGUCAUCUCCGGACAGACGCUACGCCCGCUCGCCCUCGCCUCUGCCGCCUCCGCCCGUUGGAGAAAGGAACCGUAGUCCUGAGUCCAUACAUUCGCGCGGAGCACGUUCUCUCACCCCCAAUCGAAUCAAUGGAGGAGGCAUUAAUCGGUCCCCAAUAUAUAUUGGUUCCCCGCGCUACACGCCUCGGCUAAGUCGGAGCAGGAGCAGAAGCCGCUCCAAGAGUCCCAAGGAUGCGCCCAAGAAAAAGAAAAAGAAGUCGGACAAGAAGAAGAAGAACAAGAAGAGGACGGGCAGUGGUAGUCCAACAGCGGCCGCAAGGAUGCGACGCAUUUCACGGCAACGUGAUCCUUUUGAAGAUGACGACUUCUUGGCGCCACAGAGAAAACGAAAGAAGGGAGGUAUGGGUACUGGCCAAUGGUCGCCCUCACCUUCGCCUGGUCGCUGUGAUUUUCUGCAUGAUAGCGGCUGCCAGGAUAAGAACCCAUCAUGGACACCGCCCCUAGAAUCACCUAAGGGCGCCGGAGGCCACUACGACAACGAUGGUGGACUAUCACCCAAAAAAUCCAAGCGCAAGCGGGACAAAAGCAAAAAGAAGAAGAAGCAGCAGCCGUUGGAAAAGCAACGCAAGGAGAAAAAGCGCAAGCGGCGCACUCAGACGCCGGAGCCCCUGCCAUCCAAGGAGGUCUUCGCCUCCGGCAACAACAUCCUGGUGAGCGUAAGCUUUAACAAAGAGGCGAACAGCGGCAACGCCGUCUCCACGCUGAACUCCCAGCAGCAGCAGCAGCAGCAGUCGAUGGUGACUUUACCUUCCAUCAGGGACGAUCUGUUGAGUAAUCGCAUGACGUCCAUGACCAAUAGCAAUUUGGCCAGUGUGGUGGGAGUUAACAAGAAGGGCAAGAAAGAUAAGUUGCGCAAACGAAAAAAGCUGGAGGCCAAGCCGGUGGCUAUCAUCGACCUGGAACGCUCACCUUUCCAAGUGCACCAGGAGCCAGCGGAUGUUAUUGUGCUAACAGACAGCGAGGACGCGACUGAUCAAAUGUCGAUGAGAAGAGACAGGGAGCGGGAUAGGGAUAGGGAUCACGACAUUAUGAGAGAGAACGGCCAAAGGGAGAAGACCCCGCAGGGCAAUUCACUGGAGACAAUCAUGGAGACAUCGUACGAGAACAUGACGCAGUCCACCGGCCCCAAGACGCCACCAGAGCCACCGCUGGUCAAGUUCAGCCUGCCCAAUAAGAAGUUGCAGCAGCACAAGGUGCGCAACAAUCCCCUCCAUGAUGACGCCGACGACAUAAACUCGGCGGACGAACUGGAGGCGGCCGCAGAGGAGCAGACGUCCCAGCAUGGCCACAGCAGUCACGAUGGCGGCCAGAAGAUUGGUCCGAAUACGCCGCCGGAGUCGGGUCCGUGCUCGCCGGAUGCUUACGAUCCCUUCGAGCCGACCAAGUCCCCGUCGCUCUCGCCGCGGUCGCCGACACCUCCUCAGGGUCAGAGUCUGGACAAGCAGCAGGUUGCCAGUAUGCCUGCGAGCAGUGCAGCUGGUUCCGGGUCUAGUGACAAGAACGACAACGAUGGCGCUCAGGCGACCGUGUCCAAUGCAAGCACUAGCACCCAGACCCAGACCAAUGUCAUCAAUCCAGUGGAUUUGGUGAUGGCGCUGAUGAAUAAGCCCAACCAAAGCGGAGCCGCCAACCAGCAGGAGAGCGAAGUAAGCUCUGCCCAGUACAUUAGCAGCAGCUCUAUAAGCCUUACCGUUGGAUCCAGCACGGGCGGUGGCGGAGCUGGUGUCGGAGGCGAGAACCAUGACAAGGGUUCCGAUGGCAACUCCAUCACUGUUCUCUCUAACGUCUUGCUCACGAGCAGCAGCGUGGUGUCCAGCUCACAGCACAUACCCUCGAUUUCCAGUCCAACGCCGCUCUCAAAGAAGCUGACACCACUGCCCAAGGCCGGUGGCAGUGUGGCCAGCAGCAGCAGUGGCAUUGGGAAUCUACCCACCACGAGUGGAGGCGGUGGUGUAGGUACCGGCGGCAUGCGAAAUGGCAGCGGCAGCGGAAAUGCCGGAGGAUCGGCCAACGCCCUGGAUGACUCGUUUAACAUGGACAUCGAGAGCCCCUAUUCGCCUGGCUCGGCCGACUACGAGGAUCUCUUCGAGCCACCAAGCCAGCUGGAGGGAGGCCGUCGGACGAAGGGUGGAGCUGGAGCUGCUGGCAAGACCGAGAUGUUCGAUAACCUGUUUGGGAGCAGUUCGCCAGUGGGCAACAUCCGGGUGACAUCGCGCUACAACUCGGGCAAGAAGUACCGCAACAAGAGUGACCGCAAAUCAAAAACAAAAGGUGGAAGAAUACCUGAUUCUUAUGACGAUGUGCCUAAUUCGGCAAUGGAUCUGCAGAACAAGGAUAGAUUUUUACGCAAACUAAAUCGACAGGAACGUGUCGUUGAAGAAGUGAAGUUAGUUUUGAAGCCGCACUUUAACAAGAAGGUGAUUACCAAGGAGGACUACAAGGACAUCAUGCGAAGAGCUGUACCCAAGAUCUGCCACAGUCGGUCUGGUGAAAUCAAUCCACACAAGAUUAAAAAUCUUAUUGACGCCUAUGUAAAGAAAUUCCGGGCGAAGCACAAGAAGUUGAGUCUCCUCAACACGGGACAGGUCAGCAGUGCGGUCAAGUGUGCCGCCUAUCUAAAGAAGCUAUAAGCAAGCUAGUAUGAGAGCGAGCCAACGCCUAGGUUCAGGCACGUUUGGAUAGUAAAAUCGAAAGAAUUUUGUGGUCGCAUGCAUUCCUACCGCCUACCAUCAUCAAAUUUAAAAUCAACUAUAUUCACCGGCCGCAAUGGAAGAAGAUAUGGAAAAGUAAAAGGAACCACUCAUAAACUGUCAUUAUAACUAUUGGAAUUUAGUUUUUAAGUCAAUUUUAGGUCACAUUACGAAUGAUUUUUAGAGCUUAAGCGUAACAAAGAGAGAAGUGAAGAAGUAUUUAAAAUUAAGCAGAAGCAACCUUUGCCACUCAAUAUUUUCAUUUUUACCCAAAGCACUAUACACAAAAAUACUUUAUUUAUAUAUCAAGACUAGUUCAUUAGAUUGUUUAUUCGUAUGACACCCUGUAAUGAUAAUAUUGUAACUGUGUUCUGCAGUUAAUUUAACCAAUUGUAAGUAGUUGAGUGAUGAAUGCAAAAAUAAUUAUAUUUUACCUCUGAUAAUUUAAAAAUAUUUAAAUUAAAUCACACUUGAGAAACCUAAUUGAGAGCCCAGCCCAGGAACACCAUUGGCCUGUACGAACAUCUCGUGGCGUCGCCUAUGCAAUGGAGUGCUACUUUUCUUGAGACGGUAGAGAGUGUUGUAUCGAACGAUUGUAAUUAUGUAUUCAUAUACGAAUAACUGAAUGGACAGUUGGACAGUUUAUUUAUUCAAACACUUGAUUUCGCAUAGUCUGCUGUCAGUUAUGAUUUUGAAAUAAAGAGUAAAGAGUAUAUUGAAAUAUACAAUUAAUACAUACACGAAUUGUGCUAAAUCGUUUUGUAAAUAUAUCCAUUUAAAUAAAAAUAAAAGCGACCAUUAACUAAUCCAA